CUGUCAGAGUGACGCUUAUAGGGCGAGGGGAGGAGUAAAAGUGAAGCAGGAAAAGCCACUCGAUGCGUCUGUCUAUCAGUUGAGACUGUCUGAAACGCUUCUGGAUUCAACGCGUUUUUUUCAUAUCAGACAGGACCCCGGCUCACUCCCUGGAGUUUAAAGAAGAGAAAUUAGUCCGUGUCGAUCUUCUGGAGUGGGUGGAUGCCUGCAUCUUGUUUAUUUCCCUCACACGCAGGCAACCGCGCGACAUCAACCGCCCGCACACACACUCGGAGCAGCGGCGAGAAAUAUUUUUGCGACUCGUAAUGUAGCAAAGUAGAAGCCGUCUCUCCAGUGCUGGCGCAAAGGAAGAGCGUAAACUAUCCGCCGACGGCGAGGCUUGAUCCGGCUGUGGUGGUGUGUUGACGGUACUGACAUUAACCAUCUAAUGCCUGCCUAUUUCUUUCUGAUCUUCCCUUGAUUUUUAGGGCAGAAUAGAAGAUACCUCUUCAGCUCGGAAAUAUUAUUGAGAAGCUUUGUGCUCACACUGGAGGUGUUUGCUUCCAUUUUUGACCCAUCUCACUUUAUUGAUGUGGGAGUGCAAACGCUACGCUACAGAGUAACACGGUGAGAUUGUGAUCUUUUUUCUCCCCAUGGCAGAAGGGGAGUGACUGAAACUUGGCUUCAAUGUCUGCCGCUUUUUUCGCUGAGAAAGUGAUGAGCGAAGAUGAGCUUUGAUCGACAUGAUAUGAAUCGGCGCAACCUCUGUACCGUCUCUAUACUUCAGAAACUUUUUUUACCCAAUUCUUUCCUCCUGUGAAGUCCGUAAUUUCUCGGAAAAGGGACACGGUCACACGCAUUGUGAAAGAGUGAAAAGCUUUUUGCUUGGAUGAUUUUUAUAUUAUCCAGCUCGAAUUCCAGAAGUGUAAAAUUAAUUUAGACUCUGAAGUUAUUUUGGAUAGUUUUUUCUCCGUUGAUCGACUGCUGUUGUGAUUCCUGCAUGAAAAGUACUGUGGAAAGUGACGGGUCACUAUGCCGAGGAGAAAGCAGCAAGAACCCAGGCGAUCUGCAGCUUAUGCGCCAGGAGAUGAGCUGAAGGAUGGGCCCUGCGAUGAGGAGCACCUCCACGAUGACGGCCUGUCACUGGAUGGCCAAGACACGGAGUAUCUCUGCAACGAGGAAGAGGAGGAUGCUUUCAUGGGCCCCCCCAGUUUCCGUGACUCCCCCCUGAGUAACGGUACCAACCCGGAUGCUGGCUAUGGCUCCCCCCUCAGUGACACUAGCGACCGCCUCACCGACUUCAAAAGCACGUCCUCCAGAGAUGGAGGCCAGGACAAGGAGGAAGGGUCCUGCCGCAUGGACACCGCAACCGCAACCGCCACCGCAACCGCCACCACCCCCCUCUCCAUCGACAGCAGCAGCAAUGCCCUCCAUGACAGCUUGGCCCAGAUGAAAGCCGUCUAUGCAAACCUGAUCUCUGAUGCGUCCUGGUCCCGCAUCGCCAUGGACAUCAUGAAGGCCAAGCCAGAGUCCUCCAGCAGUGCCAUGGCCAACUCUCCCGCUGCCCUCGCUAUCAAGGCUGUCACCGCCUGCCCCAGUAGCAGCAGUGCUACCAGCAACAGCAGCAGCCAUCACAAUGGAAAGAGCACUACAGUCAACCUCCCGAUGAUCAGCAGCGCAAACUGCAACUCAAAUGGCCCCCCUACUACAACCACGCAUCCCAGCAGUGAUGGCAAUAACAGCGGCACUGGGGGCUCCAGCAAUGGGGCUGGUAUUGCCUAUGACUGGCACCAAGCAGCCCUGGCCAAAACCCUCCAACAAACCCCUUACCAUUUACUGCCAGAGCCUAGUCUCUUUAGCACGGUGCAGCUGUACAGGCAAAACAACAAGCUAUACGGCUCUGUUUUCACCGGUGCCAGCAAGUUCAGGUGUAAGGACUGCAGUGGAGCCUACGACACGUUGGUGGGGCUCACCGUGCAUAUGAAUGAGACCGGCCACUACCGCGACGACAACAAAGACAGAGAGCAAGACAGUGGAAAGCGCUGGUCCAAGCCCCGCAAGCGGUCACUGAUGGAAAUGGAGGGCAAAGAGGAUGCCCAGAAGGUGCUCAAGUGUAUGUACUGCGGCCACUCCUUCGAGUCCCUGCAGGACCUGAGUGUCCACAUGAUCAAGACCAAGCAUUACCAGAAAGUGCCUCUCAAAGAACCUGUGCCGGCACUGGCGACCAGACUGGUGUCCUCAGCCAAAAAGCGUAUGCUUCAGGACUCUCUCAUCGCUCCAUGCUCCCCCGAGACUGUCCUAGGUAGUGGUGGUGUUCCCACUGGGGACGGUGGGAAAGAUGCUAAAUUAGCAGGUAAUCCAUAUGUUACACCCAACAACCGCUAUGGGUACCAGAAUGGCGCCAGUUACACUUGGCAGUUUGAAGCCCGCAAGGCACAGAUCCUGAAGUGUAUGGAGUGUGGAAGCUCCCAUGACACUUUGCAGCAGCUAACUGCCCACAUGAUGGUCACAGGUCACUUCCUCAAGGUCACAAACUCUGCCUCCAAGAAAGGCAAGCAGCUGGUAUUUGAUCCAGUGGUGGAGGAGAAGUUUCAGUCCAUUCCUUUGCCCCCAACCACCACAAGACUUCCUGUUCCCUCGAUCAAAUCUCAACCUGUGUCCCCAGCUCUCUCCUCCGGUUCAGAGGAAAAGAAAGAGACACCAGAGGACAGGAGGAUGGAGUCAAGUGAGCAUGGAGAGAAAAAGAUCAAAGAAGAGAAAGACGAUGAGAAAAGUGGCGAGAAAACAGAGUCGAAUUCCACGUCCUACAAGUACCUUACAGAGGAGGACCUGGAUGCGACGCCAAAUGGAGGCUUGGACAUUCUGAAGUCAUUGGAGAACACUGUGUCAAGUGCCAUCAGUAAGGCCCAAACUGGUACCCCUACGUGGGGAGGCUACCCCAGCAUCCACGCUGCCUACCAGCUCCAGGGAGUUAUGAAGUCAUCUUCCUUACUGUCGUCAUCUGUUCAGAGCGUUCCCAUACAACCAGCUUUCAAUAGCAGCAUGAGAGCCUUUGUGACAGACCCGGGUUCUGUUAUCCACUCCCCCAGGAGCCCUUCAUCACCGCCCUCACUAAGAAGCAACGUGUCAGCCAUGGAAGAGCUGGUGGAGAAGUUGACCGGGAAGGCCUCUGUGAAAAAGGAGAAAGAGGAAAGGGGGGUGAGCGGGGAUCGAUGCAGGUCCCUAUCCUCUGCCAAAUCUCCUUCACCCGUGCGGAGAGAGCAGAAGGAUGGCAUGCUUCCCAUGGCCACCACAGCGACAAGGACCAGCAGUCCCAGAAAGGCAGAGUCUGAAUGGGUAUGCAAGAAGGAGCCCAAAGACAGCCCGGUCGAAACCCCCAACCAUGCCAAAAAUGGCUCCGACACGUGCAGGUCGCCCAUCACCAAUGGCAACAGCUUGGGGAUCAUCACUGACCAUUCACCAGAGAGGCCUUUCAUUAACCCACUCAGUGCACUGCAGUCAAUCAUGAACACUCACCUCAGCAAAGCUUCCAAGCCUAUAAACUCCACCUCUGACCCACUCUCCAUGCUCUACAAAAUUAGCAACAGUGUCGUGGAAAAGCCCCUCUUCAACGCCACACAGGUGAAGCAGCCCGAGCCCACCAACCGGUUCUUCUACGAGAGCAAUGACCAGCCCAUAGAUCUGAGUAAAUCCAAAAACAGCGGCAGCAGCAGCAGCAACGCUAGCGGCGAUGAGCGUAGCGGCAAUGGCACUUCCUGCACUCUGGUGAACAGCUCCAUCAACGGUAAUAGGCCUCUGCUCUCUGGCCUCUCUCUCUCGGACUCGGUUUCGUCCCCGUUGCGGGAGAACGCGCUGAUGGACAUCUCAGACAUGGUGAAGAACCUCACUGGCAGGCUCACCCCCAAGUCGUCGGCCCCGUCCUCCAUCUCGGAGAAGUCCGACGUGGAGGGCAGCACGUACGAUGACAACCUGGAGGACCUCUCGCCAGUGCAGAAGAGAAAAGGCCGGCAGUCGAACUGGAACCCCCAGCACCUCCUCAUCCUCCAGGCGCAGUUUGCCUCCAGCCUCAGGGAGACACCGGAGGGCCGCUACGCCAUGACCGACCUGGGGCCACAGGAACGGGUGCACAUCUGCAAGUUCACUGGCCUCUCCAUGACCACCAUCUCCCACUGGCUGGCCAACGUCAAGUACCAGCUGCGGAGAACCGGCGGGACCAAGUUCCUGAAAAACAUGGACUCGUGCCAGCCCGUCUUCCUCUGCAGCGACUGCGCCUCGCAGUUCAGGACUCCUUCCUCGUACAUCGGCCACUUGGAGUUUCACCUGGGCUUCAGCCUGAAGGACCUAUCCAAGAUGUCUGCCGAUCACCUGCGGGAGCAGCAGGCUGUCUCCAAGGUGAUAAGUGACAAACUGGGGUACGGGAGCCCCCUGGCUUCCAUGACAACAGCAGACGAUGACUCUGGCUCCGGUGCCAUUUACCAGUGCAGACUUUGCAAUCGGACGUUUGUUAGCAAACACGCCAUUAAGCUGCACCUGAGUAAGACUCACGGCAAAUCACCAGAAGACCACCUGGUGUUUGUCACGGCACUGGAGAAGCUGGAGAAACAGGAGAAGAUGUGAAGCAUUCGGGCGGAGGCCGCAGCUAUCCACAAAUACACUCCAGUGAGAGCCAGCUAUGUAAACUGACCAGUUUCAUUGCACUAAAAUAUAUAUUGAUCACAUUUACUGCACUGGGCCAAAACUGAGCCGUCAAAAAAAGAUAAAGAAAAGAAAAAAGAACGAGAAGAAUUUAAAAAAAAAAAACAUUCAGUCUUACUUUUGUUGUGAAACCGCCUGACUGGACCAUGUCUUUUUAUGUUGAAGUUUGUUUGUUUGUUUUUUUUUGCCAAGUUUUUGACAUCUUAUUUUGUAAUGUAUUUAUAUGCUAUUUGUCCUGAUCUGUGCAUGUCUUUUAGUGAUGUUGAACAAGUUUUCAUUCAAUUAAUGCUCUUUAAAAAUGACUACUGGUGACUAUAGUUGUGGAUUUGAAAAAGAAACAUUCAUUUGGAAAGAGAAUAACGAAAAUAGGACAUGAAGAAUUUGAAAAUGAAAUUGUUUAGGUUAAGUGGAAGCCCUUCCGGAAGACUGAAGUAGCACCUUAAAGACAAUUUAAUUUUGUAAAGAGAACUUUUAAAAAUGUUUCAAUGACAAAAACAGAUUCAUUUUAUUGAUCUUCUGCUUUUUGUUUUUUUAAUUAUUAUUAUUUUUGACAUUCAACAGCUAUAUUAACUGAAAGUUCUGAUCAGAGGUUGGUUUGUGUGUUGCAUUGAGAAAAGGAUUCUCCCAACGGUCUGAAUAGUUAUUGUAUUGCUGCUUUUGGUUCAAAUCAAUCAGUAAGAAGGCAUUGCAGUACAGUAUGCAAGUUUGUUGUAAGACAAAAAAAAAAUAGAUAAUGUUCCUUUUCAAUGUAAAGUAUCACUUUAAUAGUAAUUUUCAAAAUGUAUGGUUUGUUACAAUAUCUUUCUAUAUUGUGCCGCUUUAAUUUCAACCCAUAGAAGAUAUUAGUCCGUUAUAAUGGUUAGUAUGGAAAAUGUAAAACUCACAUGACAUAUCUUGCCAUUUGCAACAGCUCAAUGUUAUUUGUACUUUAAGAUGUGUGCAUUCUUUAACUUUUAUAUUGUCAUUUUAUAUAUGAAAAUCUAAAAAAAAUACCUAAACAAAAAACUGAACACAUCCUGUACAUAGUUAUACGCUGUAGAGACACACAUGUUCCCCUCUUUUUUGGAAAGAAGAAAAAAAGCUCCUCUAGCUUGGUUUACAGGAAAACAAAUAAUUAUACUUGCAUCCUGUUUGAUGCAUGAUAAUGGUGUGAAAAGACAUGAGCGAUGCACAAUGACUAUACAGUUUAAUGUUUUAUCAACAAUAUUGUAAAAAAAAGGAAAAAAGAUCUUUUUAGCGCCAAUAACUUUUUCUUUUUCUUUUUUUAUUUUAUUUUUCUCAAUUGUAAAAUAAACCCCAAAGCAGUUGAUAAUGCA